AUGGACGUCAAGGCGACGGCGCUGUUGAAGCUGGUGUACUUGGAGAUGGUCGGUCACGACAUGUCAUGGGCUUCCUUCCAUGUCCUCGAGGUUAUGUCGUCGCCAAAAUACCACCAGAAGAGGGUCGGGUACUUGGCCGCCGUGCAGAGCUUCCGACCUGAUACCGAAGUGCUGAUGCUGGCCACGAAUCUCUUGAAAAAGGAUCUGUCGUCGACACAUGCGACCACCAUUUCCCUGCCAAUGACCACGCUGCCGCACAUCAUCACACCAUCCCUCGCCCUCUCGACCCUCUCGGAUCUGCUCCCGCGCCUCGGCCACUCGAACCCGGCCAUCCGCAAGAAGACCAUUGUAACGCUGUACCGCCUGGCCCUGGUGUACCCCGAGACGCUGCGAGCGGCGUGGCCCAAGAUCAAGGAGCGCCUGAUGGACAAGGACGAGGACCCAAGCGUCACGGCGGCCAUCGUCAACGUGGUAUGUGAGCUCGGCUGGAGGAGGCCGCACGACUUCCUGCCGCUGGCGCCAAGGCUGUUCGAGCUGCUCGUGGAUGGAGGUAACAACUGGAUGGCUAUCAAGCUGAUCAAACUGUUUGCGACUUUGACGCCAUUAGAACCGCGCCUUGUUCGAAAAUUGCUGCCGCCCUUGACUGAGCUGAUCCGGACAACGCCUGCCAUGUCGUUGCUGUAUGAGUGUAUAAACGGCAUUAUUCAGGGAGGUAUCCUGGGCAGCGCAGACGACAUAUCCGGCAGGGAGGAGAUCGCGACCCUCUGCGUGAACAAGCUCAGGGGCAUGAUCAUGGUGGAUGGUGAUCCGAACUUGAAAUACGUCGCGUUGCUUGCCUUCAACAAGAUUGUUGUGACGCACCCUUUCCUUGUGGCGCAACAAGAGGACGUCAUCCUGGAAUGCAUCGACAGCCCCGACAUCACCAUUCGCAUCAAGGCCUUGGAUCUCGUCCAGGGUAUGGUGAGCAGCGACAACCUGGUGUCCAUUGUGAGCCGCCUGAUGAAGCAGCUCAAGUCGUCCACACCUAAAAGGGACCGACCAGGGGCGCCUCUCCGGCCGGAUACCGGGAUAGACUCGGACGAAGAGGCACAGGCCGAGAUUCGCUCGCCAACAAAGGACCAAGAAGAGCCUCCACUGCCUGACGACUACAGGACUGAUGUGAUCGGGAGGAUCCUGACGAUGUGCUCGCAGAACAACUACAUCAGCUUGGUGGAUUUUGAUUGGUAUAUCGACGUCCUUAUCCAGCUAGUCCGCAUGGCGCCAACACCGCGGUCGAUUGAGACGGAACUCGACUCGGUCGCCGCCUCCGGCAAGUCAAUAGCGGGAGACGUGUCUGGAAGAAUCGGAGACGAGUUGAGGAAUGUCGCAGUCAAGGUCCAUGCGCUACGAGGCGCGGCCGUACGGGCUGCCGAUCUCAUCAUUCAGCAAAUGAACACCGACACCCCUGCAGGCCACCAUCUCUCUUCAGCAUCAUUAAAAUCGACGUCGUGGCUUGUUGGAGAAUACGCCAAUCAACUGGCGUUCCCCGAAGACACGCUAGACAACCUGCUGAGGAUACUGUCACGGACACAAAAACCCGAUAUUCUCACGACCAGUCUGCAGGGCGUAACGAAGAUCUUCGCCUUCAUCGCAGGCAACGAAGGGCAGCCAUGGACCCCAGAAUGGAAGACGAAGAUUUCGUUACUGCUGGCGCGCGUUAUUCAUGCACUCGAGCCGCUUGCUCUUCACCCUAACCUCGAGGUCCAGGAGAGAUCCGUUGAGUUCGUCGAACUCCUCAAACUCACUGCGGAGGCCACCUCAGGUCAAGCAGCGACUUCCGACGAAGCUCACCAGGAACCGCCGCUGUUGCUGACCCAGGCGAUUCCGUCCUUGUUCCAGGGAUGGGAGCUCAACUCUGUGGCUGUUGGAGCGCAACGGAACGUGCCCAUCCCCGAGGGUCUGGACCUGGACGAGGCCAUCCAUCCGAACCUGGCUCAUCUUCUUGCCCAGGCGGAUGUGAUACCGAUGGGGGCUAAUGAGGCGGACGAUUUCGAGGUCUACUACCACCAACGUCCAGCGCCCACAAGCGUGUCCUCGGCCGAACCAGCGAUCAACAGGAUUGCCGACGCACCGACAGAAGAGGUUGUCAGCUCUUACCAGCAGGCGACCGAGGACAGUUACCUCGACGCCGACAUCGUGGCGAGGAGGAAAGCCGAGCGGAACGAGAGGAACCGCGACGACCCGUUCUACAUUGGUGCUCCCGGCACCACUCCCAGGACCUCCACCCCAAUCCAUAACAUCCUCCAGAAAGAGAACGGCCCGGAUCUGGACAUUGACUCCAUCCCGAUCAUGCAGCUGGAUCUCGACAAGCUGGGCAGCUCGGCGCCGGGGCCCGCGUCCCCCAACCGCCGACCGCAACCUCAGCCGCGGCAGAGGCAAAGGGUCGUCAUUGCCGCGGACGAGACGCUCGCCGGCAGCGGGAUCUCGACGCCGCGCAACUACGAGUCAGAGAACAAUUCGGACAGCUUCACCAAGUCGCGCGCCAAGAAGCUUCGCCAGGGCCUCCUCCAUGUGGACUCAUCGACGCUUGGGUCCCUCAGCCUCGAGAGCGACACAGGCUCGUCCAACGCGCCGUUCGAUUACGAACGGCAGCAGCGCGAGGAGGCGGAGAUGGCGCAGGCGAUGAAGGAGGUGGAGCGGCUGCGGCUCGAGAUGCAGCGCGCCAACGAGCGCAUCCAGGUGGCGCAAGGCGUCGAUGUCGCGGGCACGGUGGUCAAGAAGAAGACAAAGAAGAGCAAGGAUAAGGAAAAGGAGAAGGGCGGCACAGAGUCGGUCAAGCCGAAGAAGAAAAAGAAGAAGGCCGUGACCGAGAUUGCGCCACCUGCAGUCCUCCUGACGGGGGACGCGGAGGACAGCGGCGGCGGGGAGGAUAGCGCACUGAUGCCGCCUCCCGAGGCGGCUGUCGAGGGCCGUGAGAACGGGCAGGGAGCCGGCCCUGCCGUCGUGGUGCCCAAGAAGAAGAAGAAAAAGAAGACGACCAAGAUGGCCGAGAUUGCGGGGGACAGCGGUUAG